GACAUGGACCGAAGAGAUCGCGAACGAAUAAAUUAUUGCUGCGACAAAGUUGUAUCCAAAAUUGAUAUGAAAAAACUCUUGCCAAAGUUGCUGCAAAACAAAGUCUACAACAGAGAUGACACAAACAUGCCUCGAUGGAAGGUGAGUUUAUUUAGUUUAUUUUAUUGUAGUUUGUUAUAUCGUCUGACGUAUAGAAAGCGCACAAUCGUUAUCAAUUUCUUUUCAGAAUAAGCAGAAUUCUAGGAAAAUGAAUUAUAUUUGUCAUAUAUUUUUCAUUUACACUCUCUUUUAAAAAAAGAUGAUAGAGAAGAAAGAGAGAUGGAAAGGAAAACAAUUCUAAGAAAAAUCCUAUGGCACCAGAUAUAGUCAAAGAUAUUUAUUUAACGAUAAAAACACGAGGACCACAUGCAUUUAAAAAUUUAAUUCUUAGUCUAAGACAGUCUGAGCAUGGAAAUAUAGCAGAUAUAUUAGAAGGAAAAACUAGCGCAAAUAAUGCAAGUUCUGAUCAAGAAAACAAUUCAUUUGAUAGACCUUUCAUCUGGUCUGACAAGCCUUUAACAAUAAAGCUUCGUAAAGCAACACGAUUUUUAGAUCGUGAUUAUGAUAUCAUUGAACGCUAUCCCAUGCGUAGUAAACCUCGUGGGUUGGUUUUGAUAAUUGCAAAUAUAUAUUAUUAUUCAUCAGAAGAUGAACCAAGACUUUCGGCACAACACGACACAAAUAAUUUGCAAACAUUAUUUGAAGAAAUGGGCUUUAAAGUAGUUGUACAUGAAAAUUUAACUGGAAAGGCAAUAAAAGAGGUAGUAAUAAAAUUCUCAAGAAGUGAUGAUUUGAAAAAAGUCGAUUCGUGUUUUGUAAUAUUUACAAGCCACGGUACUGAAGACAAAAAUGCAGAAGACAAGGAAAAUAACACAGAAAUUCAAGGAACAGAUUAUUCUAGUGCAAGCAGCCAAACAAAUUAUGAAAAAGUUAUGUGCACCGACAUUUGCGAUUAUUUCACUGCAGAAGCUUGUCCACAACUUGCAGAAAAGCCAAAGAUAUUUAUUUUCCAACUUUGCAGAGGAAAAAGAAAACAGAAAGCCAUAGCUCACUGUAGGACUGCCAUGGAUACCAUUCCCAUGGAUGUCAAUCCAAACGCGAACAAUUUUGAACAUAAUCACAUAUCUAAUAUGUCUCGAUUAACAACAAGAAAUUAUUCAGAUAUGAUCAUAGUUCAAUCUACCUUACCUGGUCAUGUAUCGUACCGAGAUCGUAUAACUGGUAGCUGGUUCAUACAUUAUCUUUGUAGUACAUUCAUGAAUUAUGCUUGCACAACUCACAUUCAAGAUUUAUUUACUAUGGUUGAUGCAGAAUUGAAAAUGGUCAGAACAGGAAACGACGAGUGUCAAACACCAUCUAUACAGUUAUUGGGAUUUAAUAAACAUUGUUAUCUCAAUCCUGGCCUUUUUGAAUCGUGACAAUGAAUAAAAAGAGCAAGCAAUAUUUAAA